GGAUGGACCGGACACUGCAGAGCUGCGUUGCGUGGACGAUCAGGUCACGGGAGUUGAUGACAAAAGGGCAUUGGCGGAACCUGGCAGCAGGCACUGAUCAGCCAGAUAGGACGGUGCACAUCCUUCUAAACACGAGGAGGGCGAGCAAGCACAGUUUUUAAUCGACUGUGCUGUAGGGCGCGUGGUGGCAGCUGCGUGCAUAAGAGAGUGAAGGGGGGAUGAUGGUGAACAUCAUUCAGACGUUGAUGUGCUCAUGUAGUGUUGGGUGAUGUGUGCAGGUGGUGUGCUGAUGUAGUGUUGGGUGAUGUGUGCAGGUGGUGUGCUGAUGUAGUGUUGGGUGAUGUGUGCAGCUGAUGUUCUGAAGUAGUGUUGGGUGAUGUGUGCAGGUGAUGUGCUGAUGUAGUGUUGGUUCAAGUGUGUAGGUGAUUCACUGAUGUAGUGUUGGGUGAUGUGUGCAGGUGAUGUGCUGAUGUAGUGUUCAAGUGGGCAGGUGAUGUACUGAUGCAGUGUUAGGUUAUGUCUGCAGGUGAUGUACUGAUGUAGUGUUGGUUCAAGUGUGUAGGUGAUGCACUGACGUAGUGUUGGGUGAUGUGUGCAGGUGAUGUACUGAUGUAGUGUUAGAUUAUGUCUGCAGGUGAUGUACUGAUGUAGUGUUGCGUGCAGGUGAUGUGCUGAUGUCGUGUCGGGUGAUGUGUGCAGGUGAUUUUUGUUACAUAGUGCUGGGUGAAUUUGCAGGAGAAAUGGAUCCGGUCUCCCUCACAAUUUACUUGAAGGGGAUGGGGAAUAAUGCCUUUCAAGAGGGCUGCUACCUUGAAGCCCUCCAAAUGUACGAGAAGGCUCUGCAGGUGCGCCUAAACUACUCCUACUCUUUCGGCAGAGAUGUUUCCCAGCUCUUCUGCAACAUGGCCAUGACUUACAUCAAGUUAGGGAGUUACGCAGAUGCUGUGAACGUGUCGCGGAAGUCCAUCGACGCUGACCAGCAAUGGUACAAGGGUUACUAUCGGCUGGGCGAGGCAUACGCUGGGCUGGGCGAGGCAAAGGAAGCGGUCGCUGUGCUACAACAGGGCCUGGCUGUCCUGCUCGUCUCCCCUGACCACACCAUCGUCCACACCAUUGAAUUCCUCAUGGAAAUAUUCAAGGCCAUUAACUGCAAGACCUACAACAAGAGCCUGUUUGUAGGGGUUCUCAGGAUGCUUCAAGAACAACCACUGCUACACACGGAGAAAGUGUGGCACCACCUGCUGCACGAGAUGGCAAAGCAGGGCCUCUGGAAGGAGAUGUACAUCGUGGUGUGUACGCCCGAUGACCUCCAACCCCUAAAUUCCGUGGUCGGAGCGGAGCCAGCAUUAUUCGUCACUCUCUACUCCCUCUUUCAGCUGUUGGCCCCGGGUCAAGAGAAGUGGAUCUAUUUUUUGGUUACGUGGCUCAUCAGCCACGGUGCCAAGCCCGCCUCCAUCGGAGCCAACCCCUUGCAUGCUGUGAUGAUUCUCAUCCUUUACAUGGGCAUUUAUUGUAAUUUCUGGCUGGUGAACGAGCUGGUUUGCAAACAUGGGAUGGACAUCAAUGACCAGGAUGCACAGGGGCAGACUGUCCUGCACCUGGUGGCGAGGACGCGGUACUCCAGAGACCUGCAAGUGGAACAGAUCAAGCUGCUGCUUCUCCUGGGAGCGAGCAUCCACAUUCGGGAUAUUUCCGGCUUCCUCCCCUACGACUGCAUCCCACCGGAGAACACUGUGGCACGAGCUGCUCUGGACCCCCGCUCUCGCCAUACCGCUCGGCCAACCCAGGACCCCCAUACUCACCACACCGCUCAGGCAACCCAGGACCUCCACUCUCGCCACACCACUCCGCCAACCCAGGACCAUCGCUUUCGUCACACCGCUCCACCCACCCAGGACCCACGCGCUCGCCACACCGCUCCACCCACCCAGGACCCACGCGUUCGCCACACCACUCGGCCAACCCAGAACCCCCCUACUCACCACACCGCUCCGCCAACCCAGGAUCAUCGUGGGGAACAGCAACACCCAGCUCGUGCGAGCUCGCUGCGUAGUACCAGGAGGAACGAGCAGAGCACGAGGGCGCACAGUAAGAGGCGUUCGCCGGCGAGCAACGCCACUCCUGAGGACGAUUCCCUCCGCGAGGCGCUGGAGGAGCUCGCGGGACUGGCAAAGCGCCCAAGUAAACGUCGCUCCCUUGCGCAGCACCCAGCCACCAGGAAGCUGCUGCUGUGUCUCGAGGAACUGCGAGAGGUGCCUAGCGAGGCGCAUGGUCUGGUGGGACCCGAGCUUUGGACCGAGCUGCUGAAAGAGCUGCUGAACGCAGGCGACUGGAGGCACAGCCUGAUGCUGCUGCGAGGUGGGGCGGCUGCCUUGGCCGCGCAGGCCGACCUGUCGGAGCUUUCCAUGCAGACCAUGCUCCCCCGGCUCCUGCCCACGCGCGGCUUCAACAGCGCCGGGGUGCUGCUGCAGGCCCUGCUGCACUGUGGGGUGCGGGUGAACGGGCGCAAGGAGCUGCCGCUGUGCGUGCUGCACGGGGAGAUCGCCAUCGCGCGCCUGCUGCUGGAGCACGGCGCCGACCCGGCCUGGCUGUCCCUUGUGCACGGGGACACGCCGCUGCAUGCCGCCCUCAACAUCGCCUGCUCUAGGAGAGACGAAGAGGGGCUGCACAUUCUGAAGUUGCUUUUGGAGAAAGCCCCGAAUGUCAAUGUGAGGGACGCAGAUGGCAACUCCCUGCUGCACCUCGUCUUCUCUUUGCCGCAUUCAAAGCACCACAAUGAGAUACUGCGCUCGCUCGCCUCGUACCGCAUCGAUCACACGUGCCAAAACAAGGAAGGGAGGCACGCAUUCUGGGGCAUCAAGCAGAAAGACCCCCGCAUGCAGAUGUGGAAUAGCAUGGCCUGCAAGCAGAAAGGCAACAGCAGAAAGGGACGCGACGGCAGGAGACGCAAGCGCCCGCCGGAGCGCAACGGCACGCACGCCAAGACGGAGGCCGGGCCCGAGGCAUCCUCUGAUUUUGUGGAUGAAACAGUCGAGGAGGAUGAUGAUGACGCUGGAGACGACGUGGAAAAAGUGGAUGCUCUGAAGAAGGAUGUGGUCAGUUUGGCCAGAGAUGCUUUGGCCCGAGAAAUUGAAGAUCUCAUUGAAGAAUACGAUCCUGUGAAGAUGCAGACGGCAAAAUCUGCGGAGCCAAGGUCUCCUGCGCCAACAGUCACGGAGUCGCCUUUGAGUGUCGCCGAACGCCAAGCUGGCGGAAGCGCCCCGCCGCAGCCGCCGCAGCCUCCGCAGCAUACGCCACCGAGGCAGGAGCUUCCGGAUGCACUUGAUGAAACGUACAGUUUGUCCGACGGUGAAAAUGCACGUGAUGAGAACAGUGUAGGGGACGAUGACGAUGGUGACGACAGCGUGGCGGGUCCUGACUUCAACUCGCUGACCUGGGAGAUCGAGUGCACCCGCGAUGCCCUCAGAAUUCUCAACGAUAAGAGCCUCCCGCACACCACGAAGAGGAAGAUCGUAAGGGUGAUUUACUCGCUUGGCAACGGUGACUGGCACCUUCACCGCAUCAAGCAAGUGAAAGGCAUCGCCGAGUCCAGCGAGAUCAGGCUGUUUGAGGCCAGGUUAGACAAGGCUGCCAGGCUGCUUUGGGAAUUGGCAAUCGACUUUUCGCCACGUUGCAGUGCCGAGCCCGAGAAAAUCAUCGAUUCUGAAGAGUCUACUUCAGGAGAAAAGACUGGAGAAGUCUACAGCGAGAUCAUCCGCAUUUGGGACAUUGUCCUUGAGCACAAGCAACUCGACCACAGAAUAAAGAGGAUAAUUUCCUCCUACAACCGCGGGACAUCCUGCUUGCUCCACCACAAGCUGAAGGGCAUCGAGCGGGCAUCGUUCCCCUCGCAGCAGAACGUGCGGCAGAGGUAUCCGCUGCUCUUCGUCAAGACCGGCAGCUCUGAUGGUGCCCAGCCCGUGACAGCAGAAGCCCGAGAUUACUUUCCUCCAGCGAGCACGAUGGAGACUGAGUACAACAUCAUGAAGUUCCACACCUUCAGCACGACCGUGGCGCUCAACGUCCUGCGCUGCCCCGAGCAGACGAUCGAAUACCCAUUCCGCGUGGGAGAGCUGGAGCACGCGGUCAUCAACCUGAACCCCACGCCCUUGGAAGCCAUCAUCCUCAUUGGCCGCUCGGGUACCGGCAAGACCACGUGCCUGAUGUACCGGCUGUGGAACAUGUUCGACAGGUAUUGGCAGACGACCACACUCUUGGGAGAGCCGUGGAUCCCGAAGGCCGUGCUUCCGCCGCCUCCGUUGCCGGACGACGUGGGAGCCAGGGAGAAUGUUGCCCUUGACUGCCCUGUGAAGAACGGCUGUGUAGAUGAUUCCAGCCGAAAGGGGACGUGUGAGCUGGAACGGGAAGCUUGCCUCCAUGCUUCAGAGCGUUUCGAAAUUGACCGAGGAAAUUAUUUAUUGGAACCUGGCGCUGAGAUCGGUGCCACACAGCUUGUAAGUCAGCAGCCCGAGGAAGGUGCUGCUCCAAUUUAUGAACAUCUUCAUCAGCUGUUCGUCACCAAGAACCAAGUGCUGUCUCACGAGGUGCAAAGGAACUUUGUGGAACUAUCCAAAUCUACUGCCGGCACCCGGCACUACUCGCCCAUUAACAUCAGCAGCGUGUGCAGGCUCCAGGACGUCAAAGAUGAUAACUUUCCGCUCUUCUUGAACUCGCGACAACUCCUUCUGCUGCUCGAUGCGUCGCUCGCGAACCCGUUCUUUGCCAGGAACGAAGAUGGAAGCUUAAAGAAAGCCGUCCAUGGGUGGUCCAUGGACGACGAUAUUUUGGACCUCAAUAAUGCAGAAGACGCGAUGGAAGAGGAUCCUGACAACGAGGAAGACCACCAGGCGGAUAUUGGUAAAUUUCACGAAUCCAAAAAAGAGGACCCCAGAAAGUUUGUGACGUACGAAGUCUUCACAAGCGACAUCUGGCCAGCCAUGGUGAAGGGGAAGAGCCCGUAUAACCCUGCCAUGGUGUGGAUGGAGAUCAAGUCUUUCAUAAAGGGCUCCAUGGAGGCCCUCAAGAGCCCCAACGGGGUCCUCGGUUUGGAGCACUAUAAGGAGCUGGGCCAGAAGCGGGCGCCCAACUUCACCGGGGACCGUGGCGAGGUGCAUCAGCUGUUCCGCGCCUACCAGCACGUCAAGUCCCAGAGGUGCUUCUUUGACGAGGAGGAUCUGGUGUUCCACAUCUACUCUCGCCUCUGCCAGCUCGAGGUCAUGCCUUGGUCAAUACAUGAGCUCUACGGGGACGAGAUCCAGGACUUUACGCAGGCCGAAUUGGCGUUGCUCAUGCGCUGCUGUGCUGACCCCAAUGCCAUGUUUCUCACGGGGGACACGGCCCAGAGCAUCAUGCGCGGCGUGGCCUUCCGCUUCAGUGAGCUGCGCUCGCUCUUCCACUUCGCAAGCCUCCCGCCAGGUGGCGGCGCCACGACGCAUCACUCGCGCAUUGACGUGCGCAAGCCCAAGCGUCUCUACGAGCUCUGCCAGAACUACCGCUCGCACUCGGGCAUCCUGGAAUUUGCCUCCAGCAUUGUGGACUUGCUCCAGCACUUCUUCCCAGAGUCGCUAGACUGGCUGCCACGGGACCAGGGGCUGUUCCCGGGGCCGCGGCCCAUCCUGCUCGACUCGUGCAGCUCCGAGGACCUGGCCAUCCUGCUGCGCGGCCACCAGCGCCGCGCCCAGCCCAUAGAGUUCGGGGCGCACCAGGUGAUCCUGGUUUGUAAUGAGAAAGCCAAGGAGCAUCUCCCAGAGGAGCUGAGCCUGGGCCUGGUGCUCACCAUCUACGAGGCCAAGGGGCUGGAGUUCGACGACGUCCUCCUCUACAACUUUUUCUCCGACUCAGAGGCAAGCAAGGAGUGGCGAGUGGUGAACUCGUACGAGGCGCCUGCCCGCAACGAUGCCAGCGCCGUGCCCUCACCGCAGCUGCUCCAGGAGGUGUUGCUGGAGGAAGUACUGCCCUGCUCACGCCCUCUCAACUUUGACUCCAUUGCCCACAAGGUGCUGAUCAGCGAGCUCAAGCACCUGUACACGGCGGUCACGCGCGCCCGGGUCAACCUGUGGGUGUUUGAUGACCACAAAGAAAAGCGCACGCCCAUGUUCCGCUACCUCGUCAGGAGGAACCUCGUCUCACUUGUCCGUACCACCCCGGGCGAAGAAGAAGCCCUGGAUGAUGGUAUCUUUGUGCGCUCUUCCACGCCGGAGGAGUGGAACGCUCGGGGAGAUUACUUCUUCAAGCAUCGUCGCUGGAAGGUGGCAGCCAAGUGCUACCACAAGGGUGGGGAUGCGGUAAAGGAGAAGCUCGCGCUGGCUCACGAUACCGUGCUACGCAUGCAGAGCAGCGGAUGGAGCCCUCGCAAGGCCCAGGACUACCUUACCCUGGCCAAAACGUACCUCGAGUGUGGCCUGCCCCACAUGGUGCUCAAGUGCCUGCAGAACGCAAAGAGCUACCCCCUCUGCGGCAGGCUGUGCGAGCGUCUCGGCAAGGUGCAAGAGGCAGUCAGGUGGUAUAUGAAGAGCUCGUGCUAUGACGAGGCUGCGAGGCUCAUUGAACGGUGUGAGGCCGAGCAGAGCCCCGACGGAGGCCUCGUCCCUGACUUUCCGUGGAAGUGGCGCGAGCUCCGCUUCAUGGCCGCCAGGCAUCACGUGAAGCAGGGCGACGAGGACGCGAUGAUGCGCUCGCUGUCCCGCGUUCCCUUCGAGGAGCGACUUGCCUUCCUCAAGAUGAACAACUUUUUGGCCCAGACCAUCGCCCUCCUCAAGCAGAGGGGGAGAGUGGAAGAGGCUGGGAAGAUGCUUCGAAAACAUGGGAUGAUUACCGACGCGUUGCAGCUCGCCAGGCCUGGGAGCCAAUUUGCUGCCGAGUGCCUCCUGGCGAAGGCUCGUGCUGCGGUGCAGGCGUUGUGGGCACGCGCAAGCCGACAAGACGAGGGAGAGGAGGGAGAGGAGGAAGCUUUGCGUGGGCAGCAGAGCGAAAUAAAAGCAGAGCUCCAGAGCGUGAGGGAAACGUGCGAGAAUAACAACUUUGUGAGUGGGAAAGCUGAAGCGUGCUACAUGCUUGGGAAGUUGGAAAGUGACGAAAAUCUCUUGCAUGAAGCAAUUACGCUCUUCCUCAAGGCCGACGUGGUUGUAGGUGCUGCCGAAGCGACCGUGGCUUUGCUGGACGUUGAGAGCGGGGGGUCGCCCCACGUCAUCCCCAAAAUACUCAAGGUGCUGCAGCCUCUGCUGCAGCUCGUGGUGAGGUUCCUCGGCGGCGCGAGCUCGGAGAAGGCCACGGCUCAUCAAGAGGAGUGGCUGGCAAAGAGCUGCGAGUUUUACGGCCUGAGCCGGAGCGAGAAGACCUGCAGAGUGUUGAGGCACGAGGGCGCCAGGUUCCUUGACGUCCCUGCCGGCUCGAGGCACGGCGACGGUGAGCCGUGCGUACCCACGCCCAAGGCAGACGAUGUCCUCGCGCAGCAUCUGCUGGAUCACUGCGAGCGCCUCGUCCGAGCGGCGGAUUCCCGCGCACGUGAGACGCCGAGCAUCUGCAGGCGCCACUUGACGGGAAGAGCGUGCCCGCUCCAAGAUUGCCGCGACAUGCACGGUGCAGCCGGCAGGGCGGAAUUGAAAACGUUGGUGGCAAGCAAAGUUCACCUGGUGACGCUGUCUGGAAUUCUCCUGAAAGUGGUCCCGCAACUAAAGUCCCAGAGACCCGAAGCGGCAAAGUUUGUAGAGGCGCUCCUUCCCAAGCCAGAGUUGGCUGACUGCGAGGACCUCCUCGCCCUGCUUUUUCCCAGCCAUUUCCACCUGCGAGGGCUGUCCGAAAACCCGGCGUCCUGCAGGGACAUCCUGGCACCUAUACGGAGCAACCCUCAUGUCAGCUCUGUGAUGCACAAGCUCAUGGCGCGAGAAGUCGGCUCCCACAGGGAGAAGAGCCGGAGGGAAUCGACCGACCUUUGGUUAAAAAUGUACUGCGCGGCGCGCGCCGUCAAUUCUCCGACGGAGCCCGGCAGACUCCUGCGUGCCGAAGAAGAAGCAUUUUACCGGCGCGUCGAGCAGAAGAGGCCAGAGCCGGGUAGUGCCGGCAUGGUCGUCCUGCGCAAUGGACGCUACACCAGCUUUUUCAACCUCUUCACGGAAUCGGUGGAGAAGGCAUUUGCGCAGGGAGAUGUGCAGGGCUCGACUCACGCCUUCUACCGCUUCCACAACCUGAUCAAGACGCGGCAGGGUCGCAGCAGCAGCCUGGCGCCAAGCGUGGCCAACACGGCGAUGAUGGCGGAGCUGCAGUUGGUGCUGGUCUGCGCGCUCCACGCGAGCAUGCGCCCCGACGUGAACACGGUCUGCCUGCCCCACGGCUACCUCGCCACGCUGAACCUGUGGAGCUGGAUGCAUCCGCCCAACCCGCAGGUUAAACAUCACAGUGACAUCUUCAAGGCUAUUCAUGAGUUCAGCAGAGGCCAGCACCAACCUUCCGGCUACAACAGAAUGGUGAGGCACGUCAACUUCUUGGCCCUCAUGGCGUGCGGCGAGCACAAUGAGUUUCUGCUGAAAGCCUGCAAUGAUGACCUCUGCGUAGAGUCGGGAGCAGCAGAGCGCCUGGUCGUGCUAUACCUGGUCAUGCUCGUUAACAUCCACAUCCUGAGGAGGGAGCACCUCCAGUUCUGCAUCCGCACGGCCGUCAGGAACGCCAGCAAGCACCUCUCGCCCGAGAGACGGGACAGGCUGCCGCCACGUCUCCUGCGCUGCUUGGAAGCGGCCGACGCGGCCAAAGGACCCAGGGACGUGACGGUUAUCCUGGACGUGCUUCUGACACAAAGGGAUGACGAGCGUCUCUACGACUGCGUGUGGAGCUCGCAGAGGCGUGGCUUCUUCUACCACAGGUUGUUGGCCUCCCGAUUUCCAGAGCAAUUUGAGUAUGACCCGGAGGAGUCGGGGAUUUCCGCUUCGAACCCGGAGCUGUUCCUGAACGGCGACAGCGAGGAGAGGGGGGAGGAGGGGGAGGAGUACGAGGACACCGAGCGGAGCGAGCUGCUGCUGCAGCAUCUGACCACGCGGCAGGAGAUGGAGGAGCGGAUGCAUCAGAAGGCUCGGCGCAGGUGGAGAGCGGCCCUGCGAGCCCUACAGUUUGCCAUGGCCCUGAGCGCCAAACUGAGGGAGGAAGCCACAGGACAAACGGUUCUCAAACCCGCGCGGCUGACCCACGAGCACUGUGGCGUGUGCGGCGUGAGCUUCGUGAAGGUGGAGGAGGACGUCGAUGCCGCCGAGUGGGACGCGUACGGCUCGGCGAGCAAACCCGGAUUGAACGUCGACUCCGCUGUCUAUGGAGCGUCCGGCAUCUCCGCGAGCGGUCACUACGAGUCCCAGGGCCACGUGUCCAGGAUGGCGCAAUAUCACGACUACGUUGUCGAAUUUCGUCGUUUGGUGGAUCCGGCAAUGAGGAAGGCGACGGCGCAGCUCCGGCAAUCGGAAGAGCUGCACCUGUGGGAGCGCACCGACGCGCAGUUGGAGAUGCGUCGGGAGGAGCUGAAGGACGCGAUGAAGCACGUGGAGCAUCUGGAGUGCGAGCAGCGCACCAGCUUGCGUUGGGAUGUCUGUAAGAUUCUGCGAUCGACGGUGGAGCAUUUGGACAGAUGCACCACGGAGCUGGAGUCGAUUGUGGUCCGCGAAGUGGCUGACGCAGACAAGGUGCAUGAGGAUGAAGGAGAGCCAGAGGAGGUGACCUUCAAGGAGCUCGACCCCGUGCGCAAGAAGAAGCGCAGACCGGGGCGGCAGCGACGCUGAGCAGUCCCCGCUCCAGCACUCGGGCUUUGAACGGGGACUCCAGGCUCAUAGCUGAGCCUCUUCCGCCCCUGCUACACACACACACAGAAUCCCUAGCUCAACACACACACACACUAUCUUGUGGACAAGGUAGUGUGGUUGCCCAGGAUUCCACGUGCCUGCAACAUUUUACACUUUUUUUUAAAUUAGUUUGUGUUAAUACGUUUUGAAGGGGUUAUCUGUUACCCAAUAUCUACCAAUAGGUAACUAGUUCCCAUGCCAAUUUGAAGCUAACAUUUUUCAUUUCAAGGCCAUGGUGGUACGGACCAAUGUGUUUGGCUUUUGCGAUUCAGGCUAAUAGAGUAAAACGUGAACGACGCAUCCCCUGCGGCGCAGCGAUCGCUGAGUGCUCGCGGUCCCCAGGGCGACGCUCUCUCGGCUCGGGCUGCUCUUUCGGUGUCUCCUCCCCCGCAGUCACCCCACUCUCCUCCACGGUGACACCCUCACUCGCCACUCUCCUCCACGGUGACACCCUCACGCACCACUCACGGUGACACCCUCACUCACCACUCUCCUCCACGGUGACACCCUCACGCACCACUAUCCUCCACGGUGACACCCUCUCACGCACCACUCUCCUCCACGGUGACACCCUCACGUACCACUCACGGUGACACCCUCACUCACCACUCUCCUCCACGGUGACACCCUCACUCACCACUCUCCUCCACGGUGACACCCUCACGCACCACUCACGGUGACACCCUCACUCACCACUCUCCUCCACUGUGACACCCUCACGCACCACCCUCCUCCACGGUGACACCCUCACUCACCACUCUCCUCCACGGUGUCACCCUCACGCACCACCCUCCUCCACGGUGACACCCUCACGCACCACUCACGGUGACACCCUCACGCUCCACUCUCCCCCACGGUGACACCCUCAUUCACCACUCUCCCCCACGGUGACACCCUCAAUCACCACUCUCCUCCACGGUGACACCCUCAUGCACCACUCACGGUGACACCCUCACACGCCACUCAUCUCCAUGACGACACCAUCGCGAACCGAGCUCGCAAUGCCGGAGAGACCGCCGCGAGACAUGCGCAACUUACUUAUUCUCGCAGCUACCCAGAAUGCCGAGUACGCCACGUCCCGCACGUGCUUCUCUUGUCUAACUGAAUUGUAGUUUUAUGGACCAUGCGUGGGCCUGUGUCCAGGUCAUCAUUGACCAAAAGUUGGCGUGAUGGACACGAAUGUAGUUUGUUUUGAAUAGUUUACGUGGGGUUUAACUAGUUUUGUGUAACCACCGAGCACGUUAAUUUGAUGUAGCAGGUGCUUCCUAAGAUUGACAGAAUGACAGCAAUGAAAGAACACAAUAGAUCAUUUAGCAAUGCAUCUUUCUGCAUGGGAUUCGCUUCCCAGAUUUCUUCCACUGCACAAAUUAAGUGAAUUUUCUAACAUGUUAAAUAUAUUUUGUUACCUGUUAAUGCGAUGAAUAUCAAUUCGGCAUUCUGUUUUGAGAACACCUUUUUGCAUCUUGUCUGUAUAGUUCGUUUAACAAGAUGCGUGGCCUUUUAUGUACAAUAGAAAUGUAGACACGUGAAUGAUGUCAUAUGCCAAAAUUUAAUUUUUUUACAUUAAAAAGAUUCAGACGAUUUAAAGGUCCAAUUCACUUCGAUUCUAGAUUUGAAGUUUUAGUGACUGCAAGGAUCCAUACUUUUUGGUUUUCGAUUGUAGCCAGCAUUCCACUUUUAACAGGAAUGACGGCCGCAUUUGCAAUUGAACAUCGGACCACUGUCUCGACUCAUGCCCGCAGUCUGAGGAUGGCCCAGAGCGGCCGGGGUGAGGGCAACGGUGCUGUGGGUUCUGAGGUAUUUCUACCGUGCAGUCCCGUCGUGGUUCACGCUGUCAGGUGGGGGGUGGGGGUGCAAUGGCAUUUCCAUCAAAAACUUUGGAGCAAAAAAAAAAUCUCAUUGCUCAAAUUGGUCCAGACGGUGACGGAAGAGGCCACAGUUGUACGUGAAUACGGUGACUGAUCAUUGUUCAUGAUGGUGAUGAUGCUCUUUACGAUGGCUGCUGCUGUUUGAUGAUCGUGGUGUGCGAGAUAGAAUAAUAAAGUGUCAGCUUCAUUUAAACAAAGUUACAUUCC